AUGGCGGGAAACUCCCUAAUCCCUCCGGCGAUUAUGCUCGCGAUGCUUCUCCUUAUUUCACAGGAGACUCACGCCGGUCACGACUACCGCGACGCUCUCCGCAAGAGCAUCCUUUUCUUCGAAGGUCAACGCUCCGGUAAGCUUCCACCAGACCAACGCCUUAAAUGGCGCCGUGACUCCGCCUUACGCGACGGUUCCUCCGCCGGCGUGGAUUUAACGGGAGGCUACUACGACGCUGGAGAUAACGUAGCGUCAGGUUCUUUAUCGUUUUUGUUACUAACAUACUCUAAUUACCUAAGUCACGCCAAUAAGGUAGUGGCAUGUGGCGAAUUCAUCGCUUCUCCUGCUCUUCUCCGUCAAGUUGCCAAGCGUCAGGUGGACUACUUACUAGGAGAUAAUCCGAUGAAAAUGUCGUACAUGGUUGGGUAUGGUUCGAGGUUUCCGCAGAUGAUUCACCACCGUGGUAGCUCGGUUCCUUCAGUCGUGGACCAUCCUGGUCGUAUAGGGUGCAAAGACGGUUCUCGUUACUUCCUCAGCAAUAAUCCUAAUCCUAAUUUGCUAAUUGGCGCCGUCGUUGGUGGGCCUAAUAUCACUGACGAUUUUCCUGAUUCGAGACCUUACUUUCAGCUGACUGAGCCCACGACUUAUAUCAACGCACCUCUUUUGGGCCUUCUUGGUUACUUCUCGGCCCAUUCGUGA